AGUUCUUACUCUUACGCUUCUAUAGAUAGGAUAGGAUACGACAUUGAUAGGUCAAUUGACAGAGACAUUGAUUUUCUGGAAAUAAGAUAAUUUGAGAGAUGGGUCGAUCAUCAAUUCGCCUAGCGUUGUUUUUCGUUGCAUCUAUGAUCACGGUGCUGGGAGUGCAGGCUUCACACGAUUAUGGCGAUGCUUUGUCUAAGAGUAUUUUGUUCUUUGAAGGCCAGCGGUCUGGGAAAUUACCCGUUUCUCAGAGGAUGAAAUGGAGGAAAAAUUCUGCUCUUCACGAUGGUGAUCAGAUUGGUGUAGAUUUGGUGGGAGGGUACUAUGAUGCUGGAGACAACGUCAAAUUUAGCUUUCCCAUGGCUUUCUCGACUACAGUGUUGGCAUGGAGCGUGUUAGAGUUUGGCAAGCUCAUGGGUCCGGAUCUGCAAUACGCCAUGGAAGCGGUUCGCUGGGCUACAGAUUACUUUCUCAAGGCCACUAGCGUUCCAGGCUUUGUAAUUGCUCAGGUUGGUGAUCCCUACGGUGACCACAACUGUUGGGAGAGGCCGGAGGACAUGGACACCCCUCGAACUCCCUACGCAGUUAGCAGGAAGUACCCUGGCUCUGAGGUCUCCGCUGAGAUUGCCGCAGCACUCGCAGCCUCCUCCUUGCUCUUCAAGACCUCUAAUCCUCGUUACUCCGCCAGGCUCCUCAACAGAGCAACCAUGGUUUUCGAUUUCGCUGAUAAGUACCGGGGUUCAUACAACGACAGUCUUGGGCCGUGGGUUUGCCCUUUCUAUUGCAACUUCAGUGGCUACUAUGACGAACUGUUAUGGGGAGCUACGUGGUUAUACAAAGCUACCACUUCACCCUACUACCUCAACUAUGUUACAAAUAAUGCACCGGCUCUUGCAACCAACGCAGUUGCAGCUGCUGGCUUUCAUAAAUAUAGUAACUUCGCUGAAUUUGGGUGGGAUACAAAGGAUGCCGGCGUUAAUGUACUUGUCUCCAACUUGCUGAUGUCUGCAAAGGCAAAUUCUAAUCCUUUCCACUCGAACGCCGAUAAAUUUGUUUGCUCCAUACUGCCUGAAUCGCCCACAAAAAGCGUCACCUACUCACCAGGUGGGCUACUGUUCAAGACAGGAGGAAGCAACAUGCAGCACCCAAUAUCUCUUUCAUUUCUUCUUCUUGUUUAUGCUCGCUAUUUGAGCAAUGCCAAUUCAGUCGUCCAUUGUGGUAACAUUGUUGCUCCUCCAUCUAGGCUUAUUCAAGUGGCAAAACGCCAGGUAGACUAUAUACUCGGAAACAACCCACUGAAUAUGUCAUACAUGGUGGGAUAUGGGAAGAAAUUUCCUCAGAGAAUACAUCAUCGAGCGUCUUCAAUACCAUCCGUUGAUAAACAUCCAGCACAAAUCAGCUGCAAAGAUGGGACUCAGUAUUACUUAAGCAAUGAUCCCAAUCCUAACCUGUUAACCGGGGCAGUUGUUGGAGGACCAGACAGCAAUGACAAGUAUAGUGAUUCUAGAGCGCUGUUUGUGCAAUCGGAACCCACAACAUACAUAAACGCACCUCUUGUUGGCCUAUUGGCAUACUUCAAAUCAAGCCCUGUUUGAUUGUUGUGAUCAUGUAAA